AUGGUCCUUCUCGCAGCUACUUUUACAGCUGGAACCGCGCCCGUUUCAAACUCAACAGGCCCAAUCCAAGAAUUCGAGUGGGCCUCCAUCGUCCCAAACCGCCGUCUCGAGUACCAUGACUGCUACAAUGGCUUCAAGUGUGCUCGCCUUUCUGUCCCGCUGAACUGGCGCAACGCCAGCGACCCUCGCCUCGUGCACUUUGCGAUGAUAAAGUUACCAGCUGCUGUGCCAGACGACGACGCUACUUUUGGUGGCACAGUUGUUGUCAAUCCAGGAGGUCCUGGGCUCUCAGGAGUGAGCUACCUCGUCGAAAAGGGCAUCAACAUCCAAAGGCUGCUGGUUGACAUCCCAGGCACACGACACUACGAGAUUGUUUCAUUUGACCCUCGAGGAGUUGGGAGGACCACGCCAUCGGUGGACUGCUUUCGCUCAGACCAACUUGUCCGCACAUCCUUCGCUUUGGAAAACCAUGGCAGAGGCCCGCUAGACUCGGAGAAAGCCAUCGGCUAUGGUCUGGGCCUCAUGGGAUUCCAAUCUCUGCGAUGCAAAGAGGAGGAUGCCCUGAACCCAGACGGCGAGGCGAUGAAGUUUGUCAACACCCCGAGCGUGGCUCGCGAUAUGGUCGAAAUGGUAGACAAGAUUGACGAGUUGAGGAUGCGCGAGAAGAAUAACGAGAACAGCGAAGAGAACAAGAAGAACGAGAAACCCGAGAAAAACAUGGACGCGACAGUUGCCCGGAUCCAGUAUAUUGGCUGGUCUUACGGCAGUGUCCUGGGCAACUACUUUGCGUCCAUGUUCCCCGGCCGAGUUGGACGGAUGGUUCUCGACGGCGUGAUGGACCCGAGAGACUAUGCCGCUGGUUCUGGCUGGCUCUCCAACACCCAAGACGCAGACAAACUCUUCGCCCACUUCUGGAAAUCCUGCUUCAAAACCAACAGCUACGAAAAAUGCCCCUUUCUCAAGACCGACAAGGACUGGGAAGCCGCCCAAAAACGCUUCCACAAAUGGGUCAACCGCCUCGACGAGUAUCCCAUGGUCGUAAACUCGUCUUCCGGCGGGCUCAUGGCGCUCAGGGGGGAAGACAUUCGCCGUAUUGUUGCCAACGCCCUGUACAGCCCUCUGCAGCACUUUCUGCCUCUUGCGCAGGCGCUCCACCAGGGCAUGAGGGAAUCGCCGGAUCAGUGGUCCCAGUGGGCUGGUUUGGAGAUACCCAAGCUGGGAGAUGCGUUACGCGGCAAGGGCAGCAACGUCUCAGCCUCAGGCAUGCCGCAAGUCAAGGACGAGCAGGGCGCGGCGGUUCUCUGCGGCGACGGCUCGGACAUCAGCAACCGCGCCAUCGACUGGUGGACGGAUCACGUCUCUCAGCAGCGCAAGCAGUCCAAGCUCUUUGGCUUCUCGUGGGCCUCGAUCCGCUUCAAGUGCGCGACCUGGCCAUUCCGCGCCAACUGGGACUUCCAAGGCCCCUUCCGCACGCCCACGCACAGCGCCAACCUCGAGACGGACCGUCCAGCCGCGCCGCUGCUGUUCCUCAGCUCGCAUCUCGAUCCCGUGACGCCGUUCAGCCUCGCAGAAGAGGCGGCCAGCAGCCACGCCGGGUCCGUCAUUGUGAGGCAGAAGAGCUUCGGCCACACGGCCUGGGCCAGCGCGCCGAGCAAGUGCACCUGGAAGAUUGUCGCAGACUAUCUCUCCCAGGGCACGAUGCCCAAGAGCGGCACGGUGUGCGAGGCCGACUGCGGGCCGUGGGACGCAAAGUGCAAUGCCUUUGAGGUGUCUAAGAAUUUUGACGUUGACGAGACGGCGUGGAAGGCCAUGUAUGGGGUGGAGCAGCCCGGUCGAGUCAGACGGACGCCGCUUGGAUUGGAGUAG